GAACGCCGAUUGGUCCAAAAGUGCUCAAACCAACUCAUUGACAGACACAAGACAGAGCGGUGCAGUCAGAGACAAACGGUGUAACGUGUUGCGACGUUCAGUGAUUUAAUUCAGAAGUGGACUGAAAUUUGGUAACCAUGAGAGUCCUAAUAGGAGGGGGAUCUGGGUUUGUGGGCCGUGAGCUGACUCGCCUGCUCAGAGACAAAGGUCACGAGGUUACAGUAAUAUCUCGCCAGUCUGGUCCAGGAAAAAUAACAUGGAGUGAGUUGGAGUCUUGUGGCCUUCCACCAUGUGACGGUGCAGUAAACUUGGCUGGAGAGAAUCUCAUGAACCCACUACGAUGGUGGAACGAAAGCUACAAAAAAGAUUUGUUCUCCAGUCGCAUUGACACGACAAAAGCUCUGGCUCAAGCCAUUGCUGCAUCCCCCAGUCCCCCUCACUCCUGGGUGCUGGUAUCUGGUGUAGCUUGUUACAAACCCAGUCUGACAGCUGAGUAUACAGAAGACAGUGAAUGGACACCAUUUGACCUCCUUUCCAAACUCGUCAAAGAGUGGGAGGCCUCAGCACUUCUUCCUGAGAAUGUGGUGAAAACCACCAAACAAGUCGUCAUCAGGCCUGGGGCAGUGCUGGGUCGCGAUGGUGGUGCCAUGAAGCAAAUGCUGCUGCCCUUCUGGCUCGGCCUCGGGGGCACUCUGGGGUCAGGCAGACAGCCGUUUCCUUGGAUCCACGUCUCGGACCUGGCAGGGAUCAUUGCCCACGCCCUGGAGCCGCCUACCGACACUCCGUCCCCUUCACAGCAAGUGUUUAAUGGGGUUGCUCCUGCGCUGAACACCAACUAUGAGUUCACUAAAGAAUUGGGCCGGGUUCUGAGGCGGCCCACCAUUUUACCUGUGCCAGGCUUUGUCAUGAACACCCUGAUGGGCUCUGAGAGGGCUGUGGUCCUCACGCAGGGUCAGAAAGUCAUACCAAAGAGGACUUUAGCGGCCGGAUUUCAGUACAAGUACCCGGACUUGACCUCAGCCCUAAAGGAGAUUGCUGGGAGUUAACAGAUUUUGGAAGAAUGUGUGCUGGCCUUCAUAUGUACUGUAUCAUGUAUGGAAUCAUUAGUGUCAAAAAUAACAAUUGAACAAGAACUCAGGGUCAUAAACAGGUAAUGACACAUUGCUGUAAAUCCCAUUCUUCAGAUCUGUGGACUGCUUGGAAAAUGUUUAUGAAUCAGGUUUUACAAAGUGCUUCUCUAAACUUUGAUCAGUACACCCAUAGUGUAAUCAUUCCUUCAUAAACACAUUCAUUUAAACAACAGGAAGUAACUGUGAAAAUCAGUGGUUCUUUUGAAUUUUGAAGUCCCUCAUUAAAAGGAUGAUAUUUAUUCA